AUGACCAGGAAGAAGGCGCGUAAGAAUGCACAGUGGAGCCAUGUGAGGACUCCAGCAGAACUCGAGGAUGAGUGUGCUACUCAACUCAAAGAGAAAUGGAGACAAACUGAAUUUCAAGCUACUCAACUCAGGAGAAUUGGAGAUAAACUGAAUUUCAGGCAGAAGCUUCUGAACCUGAUAGCCAAACUCUUUUGCUCAGGAACCUGA